CACGAGGGACAAACGCGUGGAAGCCGGAAAGCGGAGAGGGAUAGAGGGAAGGCGAAACAGAAAAGACCACACCAUCUGAGGUGCUCAACUCAAAGAGCAGGAGCUGCCUCCAGACAGGGCAGUCUUAAAAAACAGAGAUUUCGAUUGCAAAGAGGGGGGAGAGGUUGAUUCCGUGAAUGGGGAGAUGGAGAGCUGCUUCCCUUCUCCUCAAUCACAUCAUCUCCCAUAAGCUCCGGCGCCGCCCACCAGUCUCCCCUCUCCCCUUCUUCAAUCAUUUACCCCGCCAGCCCAUCUUUCCAUGGUUCAGACCCUUCUCUGCAAUCCCAUCCCGGGUGCCUGAAUUGGAUCCCGAGUUCCAUGACUUUGAGCUCGAGGACGUCUCACAGCUCGGGGAAGACCAAGAAACCGGGAACAUACCCAUCAAAGCCUUCUUCGUCUCGACCGGUAUUGAUUUGAAGAGCUUGCAAGCCGAGAAUUUAGGCAAUGUUCUUCCUGCCACCUCUCGAUCAUCGAAUUAUAUUGCCCUCAAAUAUUGCGAUUUCCCUUCAGAUAAUACUGAAAUUGGAGCCAAGGCAAAAGUGAGCAGCUGCCGUUACAUGGUUGUGUGCCAAUAUGGGUCUGCUGUUCUGUUUAAUAUUGAGGAUCAUGAAGUUGAGAGUUACCUUGGAACAGUUCGAAGGCAUGCUACUGGGUUGCUUAGAGAGACAAAAAAAGAUGAUUAUGCGGUUAAGGAGAAGUCCCAGUUGAUUGAGGACAUGCAAGGAGGCCCUGAUUACAUAGUUCUUAGAGCUUUGGAUACUGAUAGUAUACGCCUUAUCGGUAGCCUUCUUGGUCAAAGUAUUGCAUUGGAUUACUUUGUUUCCCAGGUUGACGAUAUGGUCGAAGAGUUUGCUGACAUUAACCGGAUAAUGGAAAAAACCGGAACUUUUACGAUGGACCGGAGGAAGCUCCUUCAACUUGUCGGGAAGGCUAAUUCUAGUCUAGCUGAUGUAAUUCUUAAAGUUGGCCUUUUUGAACGAUCAGAAAUUGCUUGGAGGGAGGCAAAAUACGCCCAAAUAUAUGAGUACCUGCGAGAGGAGUUCGAGGUUACUCAACGAUUCGGCAAUUUGAAUUUCAAACUGAAAUUCGUUGAGCACAACAUUCAUUUCCUUCAAGAAGUCCUACAGAACAAGAGGUCAAACCUUUUGGAAUGGUGCAUUAUCUUCUUGCUGAGUAUUGAGAACGUUAUAUCGGUCUGUGAGAUCAUUCGAGAAUCGAACCAAGUCCCGCUGCCGUGAUAUUUACGACAUGCAGCCAAGGAGUUCGUUUCAGGACAAGCUUGGACAGAGAUCAUUCUUUAUUUUGUAGUGUUGGUGAAAUAAUACAUUGAAGGUAGCCGACAAUAGGAUAAGGGUCUAACCAUUUGCAAUUCAUCAUUUUUCUAUUCUUUUAUAAUCUAAGUUUUGUCAUAAGGGGAAAAAAACAUCGAUACAUUUUUCUGUAAUUUGUAGUUUUCAUAAAUAAAUAAAUAAAAGAAGUAAUAAUCUUAGUUUGAUUAAUUUUGAA